AUGGCGGAAACGUCCGCGUCGCACUCCGCGUCCCCUCCCAGCACGGUGGCACUGGCGAGUUCAGCCUCGCCUGCCGCUCUGACCGCGUACCGUCGCCUGCCUCUUUCGGAGGCGAGCAGUUUCUCUCUCCUCCAUCCUUCUCGCUUUUCCGCUCCGUUCGGGUCACCUGGCGCACGGACUCAACGCCUCUUCCGUACCGUCGCUUCCGGCAAGGAAAACAGCGGAAUCGUGUCGUGUGCCUUUCUCACGCGUCCGAUUGUGCGCGCACCAGAAGAUGGAAAAAUCAAGACCAAAGGCGGAAUCCCGAAACGGAAAGGAGAAGGGAAGCGUGCUGCGGAGGCGGCGGCCACAGCCAAAGCAGCGAUGCUCAUCGCCUCCGGACGCGAACCGGGUGUACAUACACCCGACGAUGUCGAGUCAGCGACCGGAACGGCGCGAAUGUGCCUCAUGGCCGCAGGCACGCGCGUCCACUUUCUCGACCUCCAAAAGGGAGAAGUCGUCGCCCACUAUAGUGCCAUUAAAGAUUACGCGCGUUCCGUUGCAUGCCGCUCAGACGGCAAACUCUUCGCGGUGGCGGACGACAGCGGCCUCGUGCAAGUCGUCCAGACCGACACGCGGGACCUGCUGCGGAAGCUGAAGGGACACACCGGGUCCGUCAGGAGCUGUCGGUUUUCUCCAGAAAAAACUCACGUCCUCUCUGCAGGAGACGACACGACGAUCCGCCGCUGGGACCUGAGUGUCGGCGAGAGCGUCGAUACACUGCGCGGCCACGCCGACUCAGUUCGGAGCGUGGACGUGCCGCGCUCAUUUUUUUCCUCUGAAGACGACAACGCGUCUUCCUUUGCCUCUCCGUCUCACUCCUGGUCGCCCAACGCAUGCCUCACGGGGAGCUACGACUGCACUGCGAGGCUGUGGGACUUGCGGGCCCCGGACGAGACAAAUACCGUCACGUUCAAGCACGACCGACCCGUCGAAUUCGCCCGCAUCGCCGACUGCCUCGCCGGCGCUCAGUUGCUGCUCUCCUGCGCGGGCUCUGUGGUACGCGUGUGGGAUGUUCGCCAGACGGCCCAGCCUCUCUGUUCGCUCUCGAGUCACGUGAAGACGGUGACGGCGGCGCAGAUCAUUCCUGGUCGCGCCGCCGCACGCUCACCCCUCGCGAGACGUGGGCGAAGGAAGAGACAGAGGGAAGGACCUGAAGGAAGCGAAGAAGAAGAGAAGGACCAGCAGGAAGAGAGCGACGACGAUGACGAAGAAGACGAGGAAGAAGAGGAACUUGCGCGAGAACGCGCGGAAUUGCAGGAAGGCCUCGUCGUGGCAACAGGUUCCCUCGACGCAACGGUUAAACUCACAUCGCUGACGACCCUGAAGGUUCACCACACCUUCGUCUUUGAUUCGGAAGUUCUGUCCCUCGACUUCGCCCUCGCUCGCGCGCAAAGUUGUUCCCGAGGCACGACCGACGGCGGCCUCUCGGCGACGUUUUUUACGGGCCUGGCAGACGGUUCCUGGGUCGUUCGUCAGCGCGGGCGGGGCGAAGCCCAGGGCGACGGCGACCUGUCUCUCGCGUCCGUGCAGGAUCCUCUCGCCAGGUUCUCGGCCAAGACAGCGAGGAAGAAGCGGCGACUUCUUCUCAGAAUGCGCGCCAGCCAGGCACACUACUUCACACGCGGCCGCACGGCGCUACCGCUCGGCGAGGACGUUGUGGAGGAGAAGGCGGAGGUUCCACGCCGACGAAUCCUGUCGGAAGAAAUGCCAAAUGCGGAGUUCGGGGAUCCGGAGGAGUGCGGGCACGACAGAGAUAUCCAAAUGCGGAGUUUGAAGGCGCGGCGCGACUCACCAGGGCAGCAUGAGGUGGGCACACUGCAGGCAAAGAGACUUAAUCGCCUGGAUCGUCUUCUCCGGAGCUUCCAGUACCAGGCUGCUCUCGACGUCUCCCUCACGAUGUCGUCCCAGCACGUCGUGGCUUUGGUCGCGGAGCUUCUGCAGCGCGGCGGUUUAGAAGUAGCCAUGCGUGGGAGAGACAGUGCAUCUCUCAUUCCCCUUCUCCAAUUCAUCUCGAAAAAUAUCACCUUCAAAAAUUCGGCUUAUACUCGGAUCGUCUCUGAGAUGACCUUAACCCUCUUGGAGGAAUGCGAGGACUGGAUGGUGCUUAGCGGGGACGACAAAGAAGUCAUGGAGCUUCUCAAACGGAUUUGCCAGAAAAUCGCUUUCGAGCUUCAUCAGAUCCAGCAGAUGGACCGCCUUCACAGCUUGUUGGAUGCCGUCUUGGCCUCGUGA